CUCUCGGGCUCACACACUUUGGGAAAGUUUACUUUGAGCUUUAACUUUCCUGAGAAUGAGUCAUUCAAGGUGACGCCUCGAGUGUCUGAGCUAAAGGGACUCGUAGGAUGAAGUUCUGGCUCCGCUCCUUAAAACAUCAACAAACAGUGCACGAGCCAACAAUGAUAUUCGGUCAAUAACUGUCACACACAUCACAAUGAGGUGACGUGGUAAAGGGGAAGCAGUUUGUGUGUGUAGCUUUAGGAACAAUGAUAUUUGUUGAAUUCCCAAUGAGGCUGGGACUCUCCUCUUUGAGCCCAUGAGGCCUAAAGCAGCACUAAUCCAUUAAAUAACACUGAGGAUGUCAGAUGGGAAGUUAUAGUGGAACCUCCCCCAUUAGACCUGGAACCAGUUACCUCUGCUCUUCUCAUCAAUCCCCUCAACUCCUGUGGCGACGUCCAGCUGCAGGUCAGGGUGUGCUCCACUGUUAAUCCACCAGGUGACGCUGCUGUGUCGUUAUUUGAAUGAGUGCAAUAGUUAAAUAAGUCUUGUAAUGAUUAAUUUAGCAUUGUCUUAAAUCUGUGCUGGUUUGGGGAAACACAGUUAAGAGGUGAAGCGAACCAAUCGUGGAUUAAUCACUGAUGACCAAGUGGAUUAUCAUGCAUUUGUAUGUGACUUCCAUUCCCUCUAAUUAUAAAAAUCCAUUUAGAAAAUGCUUUAACAUGACAGAAAUCACAUCUUUGACAUGUAUUCAGGACAUGCAUCUUAUUAAGUGAAUGUAAAUUACUAUUUUAAUAUUUUAAAUUCAUUCCUUUCACUCAUAUUUUAACUGCAAAUUUGACUAAUUGUUUUAUAAUUAUAACUGAUUGACCAGGUCAUAGUUUUUCUUCCAACUCUUUAUACAGAAAUAAAAUUGAAGACAAAUCAAGAUCUGAUACAUUAGAAUUGCUCAAACAUAACAACCAAAUAUAUAAUUAAACGGAAGUAAUAGGAUAAAAUCAGACUAACAUGAUGAUGUUAAAGAGAAUAUCACAUUAAGAACAGCUGAUUUAUAAAACACCAUGGACAUAUUCAUCUUAAUCUUUCAAAUAUCUUAGUUCAAGAAUAUCUAAAGUAACUCUUGUCUCUGAAUGAUUAUCAGAGCUGACCUUUACUCUAAAUCUUUUUUAAUUAUAAUAGAGACUCUCAAACUUUCCAAGAUGUCAGGCUGAAACAACAAACAUAAAAAGUUAUGAAAAAUACAAGUUGUGUAGAUUUAAAUUGAAUCUUGCACACUAGAAAAUGGUUAUAAACACAUAAAAAUAAAUAAAAUAAUAGGAACAUUUGAAAAUUGUCUGUUAAGUGAGGCAUCGACAGCUGAAACGAUGCAGCAAUUAAAACUGUCAUUUUGCACAUGAGAAAAAAACUUCAUUUCCCAUGAUCCCUCGUUCCGCUCCGCAGUGAUGUGGGGUGUGGUGAUUGAAUGAGUGUGUGUGAGUGUGUGUACAUCUGUGUGUGUGUGUGUGUGGGUUGAGGAGGAGGAGGAGGAGGAGAGCUCCGUCUCUCCGCACAGGACCCGACAGAUCCGCAAACCCACCGCGGAGCAUCAGUGAGCGUCGGACCGGAGGAUGAGGACGAGGACGUCGGUCUGUGGUGGAUCUUACCGGCGGAUUGAAACCAGGACGACUGCUUGAUCCGGAUUGUGUGUUUUCAUCUGGAAUCUGGACGCGGAGCCGGGGAACCGCAAUGGAGCAUCGGUGCGGAGCGUGAGAGCCGCUGCUCGUCGGCUUCCAGGCGAAUGCUCCAGACAAUAAACAACGAAAAUUAGCCUUUUAGGAACCGUGGCAUCCCUCCGUGUGCACCGGGGCUUGUGUUGUUCUGCUGUGUCGCUAUUUCCCACAGUGAAUUUGUUAUUAAUGAUUCAGAAAUCAAUGGUUACACAAGUCACGCGCAGACAGGAGCUCAUCCAGGCCAAUUAAAGGCUCCGGGAAGCCGGGUUUUUUUUUUUCAAUGAGAGUAGCCUGAUAUAGAUUCGUUUUUUUGUUGAGAUUAAUCAGAGAGCAGUCAUGUCAAAGACUAAGAGCAGCGAGUCGGUGAAGGUGGUGGUUCGAUGCCGUCCCUUGAACCGGAAAGAGGAGUCGCACGGGCCUGCAGGGGGCAUCGUGCAGAUGGACCUGGGUCUCGGACAGGUGUUCCUCAGGAACCCUCGAGCACCAGUCAGCGAGCCCCAGAAAACCUUCACGUUCGAUGGUGUGUAUGAUGCAAGCUCCAAACAGCGAGACCUGUACGAUGAGAGUGUGAGGCCCCUGAUCGACUCGGUGCUCGAAGGCUUCAAUGGAACCAUCUUUGCUUACGGGCAAACCGGAACUGGAAAGACGUACACUAUGCAGGGGGCAUGGAUGGACCCAGAGAAACGGGGGGUGAUCCCCAACGCUUUUGACCACAUCUUCACACACAUCUCCCGCUCGCAGUCCGACAGGCAGUACCUGGUGCGGGCGUCCUACCUCGAGAUCUACCUGGAGGAGGUUCGGGAUCUCCUUGAUCCCAACCACGACACCGCCAGAGCCCUGGAGCUCAGAGAGAGUCCAGAAACCGGAGUGUACGUCAAAGAUCUCACAUCGUGUGUCUGCAAGAGCAUCAAGGAGAUCGAGGAGGUGAUGAACUUGGGCAACCAGGCGAGGGCGGUUGCGGCGACAGACAUGAACGAGUACUCGUCCAGGUCCCAUGCGUUGUUCCUGAUCACGGUGGAGUGCAGCCAGCCUGGACCAGAUGGGAGGAAGCACAUUCGAGUUGGUCGCCUCAACCUGGUGGAUCUGGCUGGCAGCGAGCGCCAAGCCAAGACCGGCGUCCAGGGUGAGCGCCUGAAAGAAGCCGCCAAGAUCAACCUGUCCCUGUCAGCCCUGGGGAACGUGAUCUCAGCACUAGCAGAUGGACGCAGCGGCCAUGUGCCUUACCGGGACUCCAAGCUCACCAGGCUGCUGCAAGACUCUUUAGGUGGGAAUGCCAAGACGGUCAUGGUGGCCACCUUAGGCCCCGCCCCCCAGCACUACGACGAAACCCUCACCACCCUCCGCUACGCCAACCGAGCCAAGAACAUCCAGAACCAGCCAAGGGUCAACGAGGACCCCAAGGACGCUCUCCUGCGCGAGUUCCAGACGGAGAUCGCUCGCCUCCGGGCCCAGCUCAACCACAGGAAGUGGAGCAGCAAACAGAAGAAGGAGCAGGUGGAGGGUGAGAGCUGGGAGAGAGACGAGGGCGAGGAGACGGAGGGCGAGGACGAGGAGUUGGAGGGGGAGAAGGACGCAGAGGAAUACGUGAAGCUGCAGGAGCAGCGGCUGGAGAGGGAGAAGGAGGCCAUCAGAGAUGAUCGAUUCAUGUUGGCCGAGGAGAAGCAGAAGCUGCUGGGAGAGAAUCAGAGAAUGAUGGGGGAUCUGAGGAAGGAGCAGGAGGCCACCGAGCAGCUGACCGCCAAGUACAAGGCGAUGGAGAGCAAGCUGCUGGUCGGAGGAAAGAACAUCAUGGAUCACACCAACGAGCAGCAGAAGAUGCUGGAGAUGAAGCAGCAGGAGAUCGCUGACCAGACCCGCACGGAGAGGGAGAUGCAGCAGCAGAUGUUUGUCCAGGACGAGGAGACAGUGGAGCUCAGAGAGACCUUCACUUCUCUGCAGCAGGAGGUGGAGGCCAAGACCAAGAAACUCAAGAAGCUGUACGCCAAGCUCCAGUGCAUCAAAGCCGAGAUCCAGGAUGUGAACGACGAGCACGUGAGGAGCCGACAGGAGCUGGAACAGACUCAGAACGAGCUGACCAGAGAGCUCAAGUUCAAGUACCUGAUCAUAGAGAACUUCAUUCCUCCAGAGGAGAAGAACAAGAUCAUGAACAGGCUGACCUUUGACACCGAGGAGGACCAGUGGAAGUUCCAGCCCCUGGUUCCCACUGAGAGUAAAUCCUCUCAGAUGAAGAAAAGGCCGUCGUCUGCAGUCGGAUACAAACGUCCCAUCACCCAGUAUGCCAGGGUGGCCAUAGCUAUGGGAGCCCACUCCAGAUACAGGGCGGAGAACAUCAUGUUCCUGGAGCUGGACAUGACUCCUCCGAACACGGCCUCACUGGAGCGCUCGACGGAGCCGAACCAAAGCACCUCCGGGGACAACUCGCCGUCCAAGGAGCGGGGGGGCGUCCGCAAGUCUCGCUCCUGGUGUCAGACGCCGAAGUCCAUCACGUCCUCCUCGUCCAACGCUUCCCUGGCGGCGUGUCACGCUGCCUCACCCACCGCGGCACAGUGAAGCUUCAGUGAAGAGGUCUCAGCUGUUUGUUUUUCUAUUGUUAAUUUAUUUCAUUCUUCUGCUUCCUCCUGCUGAUUUUCCUCUGGAACAUUUCUCAGCGAGGCCCACAGCCGGGACACAAGCACACGCUACGACCUCUGCCGAAUCCCGAGAGGUCACGGAGUUUAACGGGUCGCGAAUAAAGAACUUAUCUCAUGACGGGGAAAACUAAAUGAACUCAGAAACUUCUAGAAAACAUCAGUUCCUCCUGCUCUACGGAUGUAAAGACUUUUUCCUCCUUCGUUCUCUGCAUGUUUGGGACCAAGAGCCUUGGAUUGUCUUUUAAAAAACGUCUGGCUGCAGAGUGGUUCUGCAGCCAGACUGGUGUGUGUGUGAGUGUGUGUUGUGCAUACGGGGGUUGUAUGAUUGUCUGUUUGUGUUUCAAAUUGUGACCAGUUGCGAUCUGAGAGCUCACAAACUGCUUGACUCCCCUGUAGAAUAUCAAUCAGUGAAAAUAUGUCAUGUUUUAUUUUAUUUUUCCUUCGGGGGGGGGGGGCGGGGGGUUAGUCCGAAUCCAUCGACGGUUCCCUUCAGAUUGUUUAUGUCUGUGUUGAGCACGUUAGAAAAUAUUGAUAUAACAUAUGAACUGUGCUGUGGUUGGUCAGACGAGGUGCGUUGAAGCCUGGAUGAUGACCUUCCUCCUUAUACCUGUUGUCACUCUUCAUUCUUCUGUCCCUCCACGAUGUCUAAUAAAUAAGAAAUGCCUGUUAAAUAAUAAUCAGAUGAAAAUUAAGAUAUUGGAGCAGAUUGUAGGUUUUCCAAAAGUCCUUCAGCUUAAUUGAAGACGUGGGAGUGUCACAGUUUAAGAAACUGGCAGAUUUGCUGUGAACUUUGUCUUUUCCCUGAGGACUUGUCUCCAGUGCAUAGCCAGAGCCGCCGAAUGUACUACUGGCUACUUGCUGUGCAUAUUGGUUUCUGUGUAGCCUGUUCGCUGCAGCCGGACCGAGUGGAGUGUCCCUGUGGUUCCGGAGGCAGCGAGCAGUCAGUCCAUUGUCUUCUUCAUGGAGGUGAAGAGGAGCGGACAGCGGGGGGGCACUGAUCACCACUGUAUUAUUGAUGCUUCAGAUCCUGUUGCAGCCGAACCCCCUGCAAAGUGCAAGAGAGCACCCAGUCUAUUUCCCAAUGAGAUCGAAACUUCCACAUCUCUGUUACGUGGCAUCAUCGUCUUGUGUGUCUCAGAAUAGGUUUUAAACCCAAACAUCAUAUCAUUUAUUAUAUGUGAUACUAUGACAGACAGCUUCAUUAUGGCUGAAUCAUCAUUGGAUGCACAAAUUGUCCAAAUUUGCCAGAAAUGUUGGUGAUGAUUGAAAAUUACUUAUCACCAGACACUGUUUUGAUUGAAAUCUAUUUCCAUCUCAGACUGAUUGACACUGAGGGUUUUAAAGGUUUAUCUUCAUGUGUAAUCCAGAUUCAAAACAGCUUCAGACUAUUUGUCAAAUGAAUAAAUUUAAAUAAUGAUAUUCAAGCUAAAAUAUAUUUAAAACAAAUUGUGUCUACAAUUCUGAAAACAUCAAAUUUUAACGUUUAAAACAGUAAAUUAUUUAUUCGCACUGUGUCGCCUCUAUUGUAAAAUUAAAUGAUGUUCUAAAUUGAACCGAGGUCGGUUUCUAAUGUAUAAACAUUGUUGUCAUAUUAUUCAGUAAAAAAAAAAAUACAUAUAUAUCCAUGAACGUUUCCCGUCUGUGUCAGGGCCGUGAAAUUAUUGUACAAAUGUGUGUGUGUGUGUGUGUGUGUGUGUGGACUGUGGGGGAGGGGC